GUGCAGGCUGCAGACUCAGUGCUGGUGGUUGGAGGAGGAUCAACUGGAGUGGAGAUGGCCGCUGAGAUAAAGACGCAGUAUCCACACAAGAAGGUGGUUCUGAUCCACUCCCGGGUCCAUCUGGCCGACCCGGGCCUGCUGCCCUCCGUCAGAGAGCAGAGCAAAGAGGUGCUGCUGGAGAAGGGGGUGGAGCUAAUACUGGGUGAGAAGGUGUCCAACCUGUCGGAGCUGCAGCUGAACGUCGUCAGCAGGAACUCGGAGGUGAAGACAGAUAAAGGUCAGACUCUGACCUCAGAUCUGAUCAUCAGCUGCACCGGACUCAAGGUCAACUCUGACGCCUACGCCUCCAGCUUCUCCGACUCCCUGGUGGAGGGCGGGGCUCUGAAGGUGAACCCUCACCUGCAGGUUGAGGGCUUCUCCAACGUGUUCGCUGUGGGCGACUGCACCGACAUCAAAGAGCCGAAGACGGCGUACAACGCCGAGCUGCACGCCCACGUCGCCGUUAGCAACAUCAAGAACAUCCUGAGCGGGAAGGAGCUGACCUCGUAUCAGACAGGCAGCGUCACCAUGCUGCUGGCGAUGGGCCCUGACGACGGCGUGGGGCAGUUUAAUGGAUGGCAGCUUCCUCGAUUCCUGGUCACUCUGGGGAAGAGUCGAAAUCUGCUGGUGUGGAAGAGCUGGAGGGAUAUGAAGCAGAGCCAACACUGACACACACACACACACUGACACACACACACACUGACACACUGACACACACACACACACUGACACACUGACACACACACACACUGACACACACACACACUGACACACUGACACACACA